UUUAGGAUCGUCUGGACAUCUUUACGCUCCGAGUUAUUUUAGCCCUUGCACAGCGGGUUCCUUGGAAGGGCUCUUGGGGGGCGUUUACUUGUAAUAUCUCUGGGGGAGGGUCAUCCCCCCCAGAUUUGCAUGAAUCCAGUGGAAUGCUUUCACGUUGAUUUUUGCUCGCUUUCUCCAAGCACUGUCUUGAACCAUACUUUCUUGAGCCAUGGAUGCCCAACUAGCAGUUGCUGCUGAGAUCAUGGAUAUGGAUGACCCCGCCAUCGAGAUCUUACGAAAUAGAGUUCCAGAUCUGGGUCAAGAUCCUUAUGAUUCCUUUUCAGAAGACGAACGAGACGAGGAAGACAUUACAAAGAACAUCACAAAGGAUGGCGGUGUGACAAAGAGGAUCUUGAGGGCUGGAGAAGGAUUAAAGACGCCAGAAAAAGGGGAUGAGGUGUAUGUCACAUACAUUGGACGAUUGGUUCCUGGCGGACAAAUCUUUGAUCAGCAUGUGGAUGAAGGAGCUCCGUUCAAAUUCAUCUUGGGCAGCGGGAUGGUGAUUGCGGGAUGGGAGGAAGGUAUACCAACGAUGAAGGAGGGUGAACAAGCCAUUCUGACCAUCAAACCAGAAUACGGCUACGGACGUGUCGGUCUACCACCAAAGAUCCCCGCAAACGCGACGCUCGAAUUCAAAGUGCAAGUUUGGUCAUGGAAGCCGUCGAGCGCCCUAACCAAAGACGGCAAAGUAAUCUUGAAGAAGACGAAACAGGAUGAGAAAGGAUGGCAUACACCCAAGGAUGACUGGGAGGUUAUCGUCAAUUUAAAGGGGUUCAUUACAGAUUCUGAGACCAUAUUCGUCGAGAGAGACGAUUUUGCAUUCACCCUUGGAAAGGAGACCGAUCCCAUUUUUCCACCGGGGUGUCUCAUAUCGAAAGCCAUCCAAAGGUUCGAGCGGGGAGACCAAGGCUUCCUAGUCGUUCCCCCAGAGCACGCGUACGGGAGAUACGGGAACGCAAGCUUUGGCAUCCCACCUUUUGCAACGCUUCGGUACGAACUAGAGUUGCUCCGAUGGCAUCAAGUCGAUAAAAUAAAUCACACCCCCGUUGUGAAAAAGAUACUUGUUGAAGGCACUGGUUGGGAAAAGCCCCAUGUUGGAAGUGUAGUCGAGGUGCGUGCUACAGGCAGAUGCGUUCAAUGUGGCAAACAUUUUCUCCAAAUCCCGUCUUCCAAUCCAACCACCCGUCAAGAGUCGCACUUUGUUUUGUGUUCCGGUGCAUUCCCAGAAGCGGUGGAACUUGCUGUCGAGCACAUGAGAGUGGGUGAAAAGGCUCUUGUCACCGCUCCCGCAGACUUUGGCUACGGCAAAUCGUUAGCAAGGGAGGUUGACAUACCUCAGCAGGACGACUUGGAGUUUGAGAUAGAAUUGGUGUCGUUUGAAAGGACAAGUGAAAUCUGGGAUAUGACCCACGACGAGAGAUUUGUGGGCAUGCAAACACACCGUGAAAUGGGCAACAAGCUCUUCAAGGAUGGAAAACCUCGGCUUGCAAGAAAAAACUAUGAGAGAGCAGUGAAAUACUUUCAGCAUGAAUACACGCUAGACCCCAAAUACCAAGCGUGUGUCAAUGCAGUACUCUUACCAUGCUAUUCGAAUCUUGCGGCUUGUUACCUGAAAUCGCAGGAAUGGACCAGAGCGAUUCAUUAUGCCAGCAAAGCGCUGAGUAUCGAUCGUGACAAUGUUAAAGCACUGUAUCGGCGGGCUCAAGGUUAUCUCGGGCGCGCGGACUAUGAACUGGCCAAAAAGGAUUGUGACCACGCUCUUGGGUAUGCAGAUGAGACGGUGGAGAAAGACUUGGUAGUCUUGUUGAAACAUGUACAAAUGCGAAUGAAGGAGACAGAUGCAAAGCAAAAGAAGCUCUUUGCAAAAAUGUUGAGUGGGGUAGUGAGUGCAUAGCGGCAUUUUUAGUACGACAUUUUAGGGGAAAUCAGCUGUACAUUUUUUGAGCUGCCAUACAGCAAGUGUAUCAUAAUUGCGUGCAUGAACUGUUCAUAUUGAAGCAGAAAAACAAAAGCGAUAAUAUUAUAUCCAAACUAAAUAUACAAAAAACAAAAAAAAAAAAAAAUCUAC